AAUCACAUGAAACUGUCAUGUUCAUGUCAAAGAAAAUAAUAAGAUCCACAUUUCCUUUUUCAGAGAUAGGUAUAAAUAUCCGUUAGGAGUGAGUAGUGAUAAAUACUGUUCUGUUCUGAGCAACAAUACAUAAAAUAAACGGCCUGGCUGAGCUGAAAUUGAUUGUUUCUAAAUAACCAUCCAGAAUCUGCAUGCAGUAAUUUAUUUUUGUAAUUUUGUUCGCAGGAUAUUUAUUAUUUAAUCAAAUAUAUUCAGAUCCCAAUUUCAGCAAUGUCUAAAAAAUCUAAGAAUGGUCUUUUUGCAUUAGGUUUCUAUAUUGCUGCUUCAUGUUUUAUUAUAGUUUCAUUUGUUAGUCCGUAUUGGUUAGUUACAGAUGGAAAAUUAAAGAAUCCUAAGUUCAUAAAGAUUGGUUUAUGGGAAGUGUGUUUUAAUGGGUUUGAAGAAGUGCAUCAUUGGUAUGACACUGUAUUUACCGGCUGCUGGUGGAUAUUUGAAGAAGAAUAUUACAUUAUUCAUGACAUACUCUUACCUGGAUUCUUCAUUGCAACACAGUUCUUCUUUACAGUUACUAUGUGCUGUGUGUUGUUAUCAAUGUUUUUGUCUUAUUUAUUCAUGAUCAAAGACAGAGAUGAUGAGAAUUAUGUGACUCUUCUGGUCACAAUGGGCACUGUGUUGGUGAUUGGAGCAUUCUCGGGUAUCAUAUCUGUGGUGACAUUUGGAGCAAGAGGGGAUGGUCGUGACUGGAUGCCGAAUUGGGAGCACAAUGAUUUGGGCUGGGCUUAUGCUCUUGGUGUUGUUGGAGUGGUGUUGCUCUUUCCAGCUGGUAUCUUGUUCUUGGUUGAAGCAAGGGUACACAAGUACAAGCGACUUCAUGAAUUGCAAAGUAGAGACCCAUCAUCUUAUACAAUGAGUGAAAGAAAAGUUGGUUAUUCUGGAGGCCACACUGAUAUAUAGUAGAAAUGAAGAAGUACUAUUGCUAAUCCGUCCAGGUGAAUAAGCAUUUCACCAAAAUUUAUUAUAAUUCGCAUUUAUUUGACACAUGGAUUCACAUUGUUACGAUUCGAAGUUGGUUCACACAGAGGUACAUAUACAUGCACUUUUUUUAUGGAAUUGUGAUGCAUGUAUGCAAACACAUAAAUACAAUAAACAUUUGUGUAUACCUGCUUUGAACAGUUAAAUGAAUCUCUAAUGUAUUCUCAAAAAUUAACUUAGAUAAUUAAGUGAUAUGUAAGUUAGUUAUUAAAGUGGACAAAUUGAUAAAUAUAGUAAGAAUCAAUGAAUACAUACUGUAACUACUGUCAUGAAUAUGACAUAUCUACAUUUAUAUUUGCAUUUACCCACAAACAGACUUAAUUCUUUUAUCAAUGUUUUUAUUGUACUAUUAACCUACUACAUAUAUUAUUAGGAAUAAGAUUGAAUUGUAACUCUCAACUCCAAGAUAUUUAACUUAAAUGUUUGUAUUUGCUUGUAAGAAGUGCCUUACCAAUUUUAUAUUUUAAUAUGUAAGUAAAUGACCUUCCAUUGCCUAGAGUGUAUUGUGAUUUUUUUUUAAAUAAAAGUACUGACUACUUUUCAAA